AAACACCGGCAAGAUGGAUGGCCCCAGCAAUGUCUCACUGGUUCAUGGUGAUACUACUCUGGGUCUGCCAGAGUACAAGGUGGUCUCAGUCUUCCUAGUGCUCCUGGUGUGCACCACAGGCAUUGUAGGCAAUGCCAUGGUGGUCCUGGUGGUCUUGACCUCACGAGACAUGCGCACGCCCACCAACUGCUACCUGGUCAGCUUAGCUCUAGCUGACUUAAUUGUGCUGGUGGCCGCGGGGCUGCCCAAUGUCUCUGACAGCCUGGUGGGGCACUGGAUCUAUGGACAUGCUGGCUGCUUGGGUAUCACCUACUUCCAGUAUCUAGGCAUCAAUGUCUCCUCCUGCUCCAUCCUGGCAUUUACUGUGGAGAGGUACAUCGCCAUUUGCCACCCAAUGAAAGCACAGACUGUGUGCACCGUGGCCCGGGCUAAACGGAUCAUCGCAGGCAUUUGGGGGGUCACAUCCCUCUAUUGCCUACUCUGGUUCUUCUUGGUGGACCUCAAUGUCCAUGACAAUCAGCGCCUGGAAUGUGGCUACAAGGUGUCCCGAGGCCUCUACCUGCCCAUCUACCUGCUGGACUUCACCAUCUUCUUCAUCGCGCCCUUGCUGGUGACCAUGGUGCUCUAUGGGUUCAUUGGAAGGAUUUUAUUUCAGAGCCCAUUGUCUCAGGAGGCCUGGCAGAAGGCGAGACAACCCAAUGGGCAGGGUGAGGGUGCACCAGGCAGCCGCUCUAGGUCCAAGGGCUCCAUGUCCUCCAGGAAGCAGGCCACCAGGAUGCUGGCAGUGGUAGUGUUGCUUUUUGCAGUGCUGUGGACCCCCUACCGCACACUGGUGUUACUCAACUCUUUCCUGGCCCAGCCUUUCCUGGACCCCUGGGUCCUGCUGUUCUGUCGCACCUGUGUCUACACCAACAGUGCCAUCAACCCUGUCAUCUACAGCCUUAUGUCCCAGAAGUUCCGGGCAGCCUUCCUGAAGCUGUGCUGGUGCAAGGCAGCCAGGCCACAGGGGCGUGCAGCAUGCACCACAGCCAGCAGCCACAGUGCUGUCCAGGAGACCCCAGUCGGAACUGAGAAGCUGCAGCUGGGCUCCAGUGAGGCCUCAGGUCCCACAGCAGCCGGGUCCCUGCAUUGCCAGCAAGAGCCCCACUUCAGUGUGCUCUGAGGAGCCCUGCCUGGCCCCUGACUCCACCCCCUGUGUUGACUUGCUCGCUGGUCUGGUUGAUAUCUGCUCUGAGCACUGGUGGAUUGCCAGGAGAGGGACAGACAGCUCAUUGCUUAUGGGUGACCAGAGGUCCCUUUACCAUGAAGGAGGACACUGGAAUGUUCUCAGCUGGAUCCUGUGUGGGUAGUUCUCUACUCUGAAGUGAUGCCGGUGGGGACAGAGAGGAAGCUGGAGGCCCAGUCUUCACCCCCCUGUAUGAUCAAAACCUUUUGUCUGUUUCCACUCA